AGAAAAUGAAUCAGAUAAACAUCGUGAUAUACGUUGUGCAAAAGAUCGAGAAAAUAAACGGAUGAAAAAGUCAUCAGAAACCCCAGAACAGCGUGAGAUGAGAUUAAGAAGAGAACGCUCUAGAAAAUAUUGA